AUGCUUGCGAGGUGGAGAGCUCGUGAUUACAUCUCUGUUUCGAAGUACAGAUCGUUAAAUUGUACAGACGGCGUUUUACCGAGAGCUUAUGGGCUGCCGAAAAUUCAUAAGAAGAACAAUCCGUUACGCAUAAUAGUCUCAUCGAAAAACACGCCGCUUUAUGGUCUCGCUAAAUUUUUACAUGACGUCAUUUAUAAAUCUAUCCCGAGACCUGAUAGUCAGAUUAUUAACAGCGCGCAAGUAGUCGAGAGACUGAACGGCAAACGUAUUGAUGGUGAUGUAAAAUUGAUUUCGUUGGAUGUUGUCUCACUAUUCACCAAUAUAUCUUUGGAUAUGGCCAUUAAUAAUUGCGACGCCUCUUACGUAGGACAAACAGGUCGCUUGUCAAGAACGACAAUCAAGGAACAUAGAAGGAAUUUUACGUCCGUCAUUGCAGAACAUAGAGCGCUUAAUCACACAUUUGAUUUUGAUGAUGUCGAGAUUUUGGAUGAGGAAGCGUUUUUAGGAAAAAGACUCAUUUCUGAAAUGAUUUAUAUUAAGCGCCAAAAAAAUGCGUUGAAUCUCCAAAGCGAUACUGUAAAAUUAAUUGCACAAAUUUGUUUUUUUGUUUUAGGCGCUAAGUGGCACGCAAGAAGAAAGAUACUAACACCUGCAUUUCAUUUUAAUAUGUUGAAUCGAUUUGUUGAUAUUUUGAUCAAAGAGGGUGAUUGCAUGACAAAGUCUUUGAAAGAUGUCGGAGGGACAGUUGUAAAAGAUCUAUUACCAUUUGUCAGUGAACAUACUUUAAACGCGAUAUGCGAAACUGCUAUGGGCGUCUCCCUAUCAAAACUCGGCACAUUCCAUCAAGAAUAUCGAAAAGCGAUACACGAUUUAAUAGAAUUGUUGGUUUAUAGAUUCCUCAGGCCUUGGUUCUACAACGAUAUGUUAUUCUCAUUGUCGUCAAAAGGAAGAAAGCAAAAGAAACUCUUGAAAAUAUUGCACGGAUUUACGGAAAAAAUUAUCGCAGAAAGAAAGCUUUAUCACCAACUUACUAACAAUCAGUAUUUAAAAAAUCUUGAAAGUAAUGAAGAAACAGAAGAUGUCGAAAUAUUUGGAAUUAAAAAAAAGCGACUAGCCAUGUUGGAUCUUUUAAUAGCGGCAUCUCGAGAAAAUUCUGUAACUGAUUUGGACAUCAGAGAAGAAGUCGAUACUUUUAUGUUUGAGGCUCAUGAUACUACAUCGAUGGCUAUAAUAUUUACUUUAUUACUAUUAGCUGAACAUAAAGAUAUUCAGGAGCGUGUGAGGGUUGAGGUUGAUAAUGUGAUGCAAGAGGACGAAGGAAAACUUAAUAUGAGAUCCUUGCAAAAUUUAUCAUAUUUAGAAAGAUGUAUAAAAGAAGCUCUACGUUUGUAUCCCAGCGUGUUUAUGGUAUCACGACAUGUUGCAGAGGAUAUAAAAUUGAAAUCAUGUGUCAUACCGAAAGGGACGAUCUUAUUUCUUAAUUUUCUCGGAGCUCACAAAGAUCCUAAGUUUUGGCCAAAUCCAGAAAUAUUUGAUCCGGAUAGAUUCUUGCCUGAGAAGAUACAGAAUCGUCAUCCUUAUUCCUACUUACCUUUCAGCGCAGGGCCGAGGAAUUGUAUAGGUCAACGGUUCGCUUUCCUAAAAAUGAAAGCUCUGAUUGCUCCUUUGGUGCACAAUUUUUAUUUGGAGCCGUUGAAUAUUUAA